AUGUCAGAUAGCUCAUCGGAAGUCGUGUACGACGGAGAGCUCGCAUUUACGCGUGCCAAGGGCGGGAAUGGCUCCGAGGCCACCUACCAAGAAGCGGUCGGCGCACACGUGGACAGAAACUCCCCCCUGGGAUAUCACGUGGGAUGGGUGACCAUCAUCUUCCUCAAUAUUAACCAGAUGACUGGCACUGGCAUCUUCUCAACGCGCCAGUCGACCGCCUCGCCCCCGGGAAACACCCUCAAGGCAACGGGCUCCGUCGGCUUGGCCUUGAUAUACGGGGCCAUUGGCGCCGUCAUGGCCUUCGGCUUCUCCAACGUUUUUAAAGUGGUCAACGAAAUCAAGAAUCCUGUUCGGUCCAUCAAGAAGCACGGCUUUGCCUCGGUCCUUAUUGUGGCCAUGCUGUACAUGCUCUACAAUAUUGCCUACUUCUCUGCCGUCGAUAAGGCCCAAUUCGAAAGCUCCAAAGCAGUUGCCGCGGGAGUGUUUCUCGACUUCUUUGGCCUGGGGCCGGCCGAGACGGCUCUCAAUGUGCUUGUUUCGCUAAGCGCCUUUGGGAAUAUCUUUCACCCUUUUCUGGGUUGCGACGAGACCUUUUGGGACGCCGGUCGGCCCUUAUCUGCUCAAAUGGCUCAUGAAUUUGUUGUCAUCUUGAGGACGCAUCCCGAGGCCCUGUUUGGGUUGGCAAUGACUCUGGGCGUCUUCGUUAUUCGACGGCACCGAAGCCGGAACAAGCUGCCAGCGACCCAGUUCCGGGUCUGGAAUGUUCUCUUGGUCUUUUAUAACUUGGUUCAGGUGUUCCUGUUGGUCAUGCCCUGGUGCCCGUAUGCUGGUGAUGUGAGCUUUUGCAUGGCUAUAUGCGGGCUGUACUCUGUGGCGUGGAUGUAUGUUAUUCCUAGGUGGAGGGGAUAUCGCGUUCGGGCUGAGGUUACGCACACCGAGGACGAUAGCGUACUCUCACAUAAACUGGGUUAA